ACUCAUUAAAAGAAAAAAGAAAAUUUUUCAGAAAUAGAAAAAUUUUAAUAUUAUCAAAAUACGUCCUAUUAUUAUAUGAUGUUUUUGUGAAUACUGUGUUAUUUAGUAUAUACAAUUAAGUGUUAUGGCGACAAUUGAAGAACUUCGCUCUGAAGUAGAGCGAUUAACAAGAGAGCUGGAUCUACAAAGUUCUGAAAUCAAUCAAUCAGCAAAGUACGGAUUAGGGCUGUUGGAAGAGAAAAAGAGUUUGGAAGUAAAGUGCGAGGAACUUGAGAAUCUAUAUGAAAACACAAAACACGAACUGGAAAUUACUCAGGAAGCUCUCACAAGAUUUCAAUCGAGUCAAAAAGUUACGACAAAGACUGGAAUUGAACAAGAAGAUGCUCUCCUCAAUGAAUCAGCUGCGAUGGAAACGUCCCUUAAUAUGCAGAUUCUCGAGUUGGAGAAUGAAACCAAGCAGCUACGACAUGAAUUGGAAAGGGUCACAAACGAGAGAGAUCGAAUGCUUCAAGAAAAUACAGAAAUUGGUCGCGAUAAAACAGGCUCAGAAGCUGAAAGGAUGAAACUUAAAGCAGAAUUGAAAGAGAUGAAAUUUCGUGAAACUCGUAUGCUGCAGGAGUGCUCUGAGUUAGAGGAAGAGAAUAUUGUGUUACAGAAGCAAGUUUCAAGCUUAAAAUGCAGUCAAGUAGAAUUUGAAGGUGCAAAACAUGAGAUUAGACGACUAUCUGAGGAAAUUGAAGUUUUACAGUCUCAAGUACAGGAACUAGCGAAUCUAAAGAAAAUCGCUGAAACUCAAAUGGAAGAGGCUCUUCAGGCACUUCAAACAGAACGCGAGGCAAAAUAUGCAUUGAAAAAAGAACUUGAUAGUCACAUUAAUCGUGAAUCUAUGUAUAAUAUUAGUAAUCUUGCAUAUAGUAUUCGCGGAAUGGAAGAAAGUGUUGAAGGAGAUGACUUAGAAAACGACAUUCCUACAUUGAAGCGACUUGAAGCUGAUUUGAGUAACGAAUUAAAAUCUCCUGAUGGCACCAAGGUUGAUUUAUUCUCUGAAAUUCAUCUAAAUGAGUUAAAGAAAUAUGAAAAACAAUUGGAAAUGCUAGAAAACGAGAAAGCUAGUUUAACAACCAACUUGCGUGAUGCUCAACAAAGUCUAGAUAAGAGUCAAAACGAUUUACAAAACUUUAUGGCCAAAGUUUCAUUACUGGCUGCACACGUAGAUUCAUUAUAUCAGCUAAGAAGACAAAUUGAAGCUGAUGAUCAAAUGAAAGAAUUUGAUCGUGAGAAACAAAAGAUAAUGAAUGAGAAGCUUAAUAGUAUUGUUCAUCAAUAUAACACCUGGUUCUCGAUUAGUGCUAAAGAAAUUGAUGUAUUAAAAACUGACUUGACGGAGCUUCAAAAAGGACUCAACUGUAGUGAUGCAAUGACUGUUUUAAGAAAUGAAAUAACAAACUUAAAAAAUAAACUAAUUUCAUCUGAACAAAAAACUCUAGAUCUUCACGCAGACGUUCAAACUUUAUCUUCCCUUGCACAAAAUGCAGGACAAAGUUUGAAUUCAACUCGCGGUACAUUGGUAUCAUUAAGUGACGAUUUAGCACAAUUAUAUCAUCUUGUGUGCACCGUAAAUGGAGAUACACCAAGUCGCGUUUUACUGGACCAUAAAACUGAAGAUUUGUCAAUGGACAAUGACUCACUGAGUGCAAUUCAUUCCCAACUUAAAUCUGAUGUCUUGAUUGCACUUCCAAAUGUUUUUGAGGAUUUACAAGGACUUGGCGACGCCAUUGAAAUUAAAAGAUAUGUGGAAACCAUCAAGGAUCAAAUUAAACACCUUAAAACGGCAGUUGAACAUGCCAUUGAGCUUAACAAGGAUAAAAUUCCUGGCAAUCUUAGUGCUUCAGAUAAAGAAACAAAUGAGGAAAUUGCCGACUUACAAGAACAGAUCAUUAAACUCAAGUCUUUAUUGUCCACAAAACGUGAGCAAAUCGCAACUUUACGCACUGUCUUAAAAUCCAACAAGAAUACAGCUGAAGUAGCAUUAAAUAAUCUAAAAUCAAAAUAUGAAAACGAGAAAUUAUUCGUCAGUGAUACAAUGUGCAAUUUAAGAAACGAACUGAGAAUUUUGAAAGAAGAUGCAGCUACAUUCUCAAGUCUUCGAGCAAUGUUUGCAGCCCGUUGCGAAGAAUAUGUAACGCAAGUUGAUGACUUAACAAAUCAAUUGACAGCAGCUGAAGAUGAGAAGAAGACAUUAAAUCAAUUGUUACGUCUUGCGGUACAGCAAAAACUCGUCUUGACACAAAGAAUUGAAGAAUAUGAGAUGGACAAGGAAAUCCGUCAUGCAAAUGUUCGUCGUCAGGUGCCACAAAGAGGAGGUGGAAAGUCAGCAUUCACCAGAUCAUCCUCUGGUCGUUCGAACAAUAAUUCAAACUUCUUCUAACAGAAGUUGAGCGUGCAGCGAAAAUUAUUAGCAUUCGUUUAUACACUUUUAAAUAUGUAAGGUAAAUUAUUAUUAGUUAUAAUUAACCCAUCUCUUUUAAGGAUGGAAUCCCGUUGAUUAUUAUC